AUGCAUUUUCUCCUUCUUUCCCUGUCCCUGGUUGGACAUUCUCUCGCGGCACAACUCGAAGAGCGUGCUGGAGGCGGUCAUGACGAGAAUCCCUUUUAUAACGCCCUAAAUGACGACCUCGCCCGUUACUCCUUGCUAGCUCUCGGCUGCCUUGCGGGAUUCAUCUAUGUCUGGAAGAUGUGGUUUCGCCUCGCCGGGCACAUGCGACGGCUGGCAAGCUUCAACAACGAACGCCAACGCUAUUUCGUACCUGCGCAUCAGACCCUUGCGAAGAUCAAGAACCAUAUCAUCUACGCUCCGCUCUUCCGUAACCGGCACAACCGCGAGUUCCAGCUGUCCCGCGCUGUCAACAUGGGAACGCUGCCUAGCCGUUUCCACUCGUUCAUCAUUGUUGGCAUUAUCGCAAUGAAUGUCACCCUCUGCGUGGUUACCGUCCCCUACAAGUCGGAACCCGACUCUGUUGCGGGUGUUAUACUCAGCCGGACUGGCGUUAUGGCGACUGUGAACUUGAUCCCUCUUGUUCUCAUGGCCGGUAGAAACAACCCAUUGAUCACCCUCCUCCAGGUGCCUUAUGACACAUUCAAUUUGAUCCACCGCUGGCUGGCAAGGAUCGUCGUUUGUGAGGCACUUGCCCAUACCGGUGCCUGGCUCAUUCCGAAAAUUCAGGAGAAUGGUUGGAAUGCUCCUGCACAGUCAUUUGCUCAUAGCACUUUUAUCCUGACUGGUUUUGUCGCUACUUGUGCCUUUUCAGCUCUUCUACUGCACUCCCCUUCAGCCAUUCGUCAUGCCUUCUAUGAGACGUUCCUUCACCUACACAUUGCCUUGGCAGUCGUCUCGUUUGCUUUUCUGUGGGUUCAUCUGGACGGACGGAAUGCUCAAAACUUCCUGCUCGCCACUAUUGUUAUCUGGGCGCUGGAGAGGUUUGCACGACUUGUGAUCAUUGUGUACCGCAAUAUCGGACGGGGUGCUACGACUGCUGUAGUUGAGGCGCUACCUGGUGAUGCAAUGAGAAUCACCCUCAAGCUAUCCCGCCCAUGGACCUUUGAGCCCGGCCAACAUUUGUACCUAUAUAUUCCGGCGAUUGGCUGGUGGAUGUGCCACCCCUUUUCAGUCGGAUGGAGCGACACGGAAGAUGUUAUGAGCGACGAGAAGAGCCUACCCAUGAGCCACGGGGACAUCUACGGGCCCCAAAAGACGACAAUCUCUUUGCUCGUUCGCCGCAGAACUGGCUUCACCGACAAGCUUUUCCAGCGGGCCGUCAGUGCUGUCGACUGCCGAAUCUCCUUGACGGCUUUCGCCGAGGGCCCCUACGGCAGCAUCCACUCGAUGGACUCGUAUGGCUCGGUCCUUCUUUUCGCUGGAGGUGUUGGUAUCACCCACCUGGUGCCAUUCACUCGUCACCUUGUUCAAGGGUAUGCGGACGGAACUGUGGCUGCACGCCGCGUCACUCUGGUCUGGAUUAUCCAAUCUCCGGAACAUUUGGAGUGGAUCCGGCCGUGGAUGACCAGCAUCCUGGCUAUGAACCGCCGCCGCGAAGUCCUCCGGAUAAUGCUCUUUAUCACCCGACCCCGCAAUACCAAGGAGAUUCAGAGCCCAAGUGCUACCGUGCAGAUGUUCCCUGGGCGACCCAACGUUGACACGCUAGUCGGCAUGGAGGUCGAGAACCAAGUCGGAGCGAUGGGUGUCUUGGUUUGCGGCAAUGGCAGCUUGAGCGACGAUGUCCGACGCGUCUGUCGAAAACGGCAAGACCGCACCCAUAUUGAUUUCAUUGAGGAGAGUUUCACCUGGUAG